AUGUCGGCCGGUCUGAGCGAGACGGCCACUCUCACGUACAACACCGGUCGCAGCAGAGAAGCAAAGAACAGUAGUCGUCAGAGUGCCACUGUCCGUCCACAAAGGUCACGCCGGUUGCAGAAGCGUUCAUCUUCCAAUGCCUUGACCGUUUCCUCCUCCUCCACCACGACGACUGGCCCGAUGGUGCCAAUUACGGUCCAACAUCCCGACCAAAGCCUCGCAGCCUCGCCUCAGUCACGCAACCAACAAGUCAUCCCCCAGCGCUCCUCAUCUCUGCGCAAACAACAACGUCCUCCGACCGCCGACGGUGCGACGACAAGAGCCAGAUCCAAGCCGUCUGCCGAACAGCUCGGUGUACGACCGCCAUCCAGCGGCGCACAGGACCCAGACCAACAAGACACCGCGGCCGUUGCGCACGACCAGAAAUCUCCGUCACCUCCUCUGCCUCCCUCUACAUCGUCUAUUACAAGAGACCAAUCAGGCCUCCACCCUCCACGGACACCUCGUCACGUCCCACUCGCACCAUUCGAUCCCUCGCCUCUCAACCCUCUCUACCACAUUCCUUCUCCGGAAAUGUCCAGCGGACCCUUUCAACAACAGCCGACAUCUCCAGCGUCCUCGUCGUCACCGCCGCCACCGCCACCACCACCACCACCAACAACAAUAGCCCCCGCGCAACCCACCACCACGAACUCGGACGCGCCCAAAACCCAGAAGACCGGCCCUCACCUCGACGAACACACGAUACCUACCCUCCCGCGGGGCUUCCGCCCGGGAACGUCCAGCCACCAGACGGACGUCGAGACCGUCUGGCGGCCGGCCGUGACGCGCGAGCACGUCAAGGAACACACCGUCGAGGUCGUCCAGGAGCGGGUGACGCGCGAGAUCCACGUCCACCACUACUACACGCACGUCCAGCCCGUCCGGGCCGUCGAGGUCCUCCCCGCGCGGCACUUCAUCGUCGACCCCGCGACCGGCCAAAAGGUCGAGAUCCCGGCCCCCGAAGGGUGGGAGAUGCCCGCCGACAUGCGCCCGCGGAGGCCGGAGGCCGAGGACCUCCUCGAGCCCGUGACCAGACACUACCUCGUCGACGAGGACCACCCGCAAGGCGUCGCCGAGCCGCCGCCCCGCGACUUCCCCACGCGCAGCCAGUCGGAACUCAACAGGAUCGCCAGGGCAAGCCACACGGCCAGGUGGUCGCCUUUUCCAAAAGUCGACUGAAAAACCCGACGAGCUCGCCGGCGACGGUGGUAACCUCAGGAGAGUUCCCAAGCCCCAAAAGCCAAAAGCCCAAAACCUUGUCAGCAGCAGCAAUAACAACAACAACAACAACAACAACAACAACAACAACAAC